CCAGUUUUCUAUUGAAAAUAAACCCCCUCAGCUUGGAAAGCAAGAUUAAACAGGCACAUGGUUUGUUUAUAGGCUGCCUUUACUAGCUAAUUUCUUGCAAAAGGUGGCUGGAAAUCUCGUAGACAGGAGGAAAAUAUGCUAGUAGUAUGGGGAUUUUAAAAAAAAUAUUUAUAUAUACAUAUAUAUAAAAAAUAAAAUAACCACCAGCAUAAGGUAAACUGCCAUUGUUCAUGUCUCAAACCCCAGGGCUGGAAGGAUGCUCUGCACUGAGAUCUUCUCCCUGCUGUGAGUGGGGGAUGGAUGACAGGAGAUUUUUGUGCUCAUGUUCAUGGAUGCACAGAAAAGCAGCUCCUGGCAGGUUCAAGGGAAGACAAAGCUCACCCUUUAACCCUUUUCCCCAUGUGCAAAGAGCUGUCACAGACUAUAGAGACUGCAGCCUAGAUUUUAUUGCUUAUUAACAGUGCUAUAAAGAAUAGCUUUCCUUGAAUGCCAGUUUUCCUGUAUAUCCACUGCUAGGCUGGUUUAUUUUGCGUGGCUGGAUACUGGGAGGUGCAAACAGACUGGGCAUGAUGAGAGUGAAGCAGCAGAGCUGCAUCUCUGUAAAUCCAGCUCAUAACCUCACAGCUGGGUCUCAUGAGUUGUAGCCACUGGACACGUGGAGCAUUCUGUAGAUAUUUUUUUUUCUGCCAAAGCAGAAUAGUUUUUCCAGACAUCACAAAUUCCUCUGGCUACUGUGAGGAGACACAACCCAUUCUGCAGAUGCCACCUGCUAAUGGCAGAGCCCCCCCUGUGAGGAAGGGGACAAACCAGGUUAACAGGAGUGCUGCAGGACAGGGAUGGGUUCAUCGAAGAGCAAAAAGGCCUUCUGUGGUGCUCUGAAUUGUUUCUGGUCUUUUGUGAAUUAUUUUAUUUUAGGAAACAGCCCAAGCAUCGCUACUCCCAUGAAACAGCCAGGGGAGGGCAGCAGCUGCAGUUGGACCAGGGACGGAUCCAAGCUGGAUGCAGUCAUCUUCCUCCUUCCCACCUCUGAAAGCCAGAGUUUUUUUCCAUUCCAGGGCACAAAUGAAAUGAAAGCUGACUUUGGUUUUUAAAAGCAUUGGGAGUGGGAUAGGGUUUAUUUAAUUCUUCACAGCUCCUAAUCAAGUAGCUGUCCCCUUUUCCCCCUCCUUUCUUUGGCCCCUGUUGCUGUAUGGUGACAAAAGACCUUUUCCCUCCACAGCAGCCGCUGUCUGGAAUAGUUUGUAUUUGCCUCAUUAACUCCCUGCUCCCACAAACAUCCCAGGACUGUCAGCAAAGCACUCAUUAAUUUGUUUUCCAGCUCUGGAGCACAUUCUUUUCCAAGGUAUGAAGGUCAGCAAAGGAGGAGAGAUCCAGCCUGUGAUUAAGGAAGGAAAUACAGUUUGGGUUCAUUUCUGCAUGAGAAUUAAUGAUUUUCAUUUCAACUAAAAACAGUUUGUAAAUAGUUUAGGUACCCAAAAAGGUAUGAAGGUGUCUGGAUCAGUGGUACAGAGAUGGUUUAUUGUAUAGAGGUGCAACCAUACACCAUCCUCAUAUUUAUUUCUUGAGUGAUGGAUAUUUUAGGACAGUCCUAGACAAAGACUUACUUUUUACACAACAUUAAUAUCAAACAGUUGUUCUGGAUCAUGUUUUUCAGCAUGUAAUGUUUGGACUUGACAAUCUUGGAGGUUUUCUCCAAUCUAAACCAUUCUAUGAUUCUGUAAGUUGAAUUAAAAGUGUCUCUGUACUGGACCCAUUGGCCAUGCAGCUGGAGUGGGCUGGGGGUGUGUUUGUAUCCAUAUCCACACUGAUUUUAUAAAGCACAGGAUGCCCUUGGUGGUGUCUCAGGGAUGUUUUUUUCUUGUGUAACUGUAGCCUAGUGUUUGAUUUUGUCGCUCAGGUGUCCUGCUCAUCCACGGCUGGAAGAAGCUGCUGAUCCUACCCUUCUCUUACAAAGGAACCCAGACAACGCCCCCAAAACAGCCAAAGAUCCUGGCAGCUGCUCUUCCUGUGGCCGGAAAGACAAACCCUUCAUCAGAAGCCAGCACAGCCUAUCCACGAGCCGCUCAUUCCCAGGCAGAGAUAGGAUCAGGAUCUCCCGCAGCCACCCCACACUGCCGCUUCUACGUGAGGCUGAAAUGAAGGUGUAGCAGCAGAACAAGCACUGCCUCUGCUUUUACCACCUGCUUUACCUCCUGUUGCCUGUUUAUGAAAGCUGGUGCUAGCAUUCAUCAUCAUCAUCAUCAUCAUAAUAAUACUUUGCACUUCCCAAACAACCAUCCAUCUGCAGCACUUGAGCUGCUGGCAAACCUUUAAUUAGAUUGUGCCUCCCACCACCCCCAGGAAGGAGACAAACAUUAUCACAUUUUUUCAUUAGCACUGAGGCUGUUGAUGAACCUUCGGGAAGAAGAUGUUGCAGUUAUAGCUGAGAGAAAAAGAAAAAGUAAAAAAUAAAAAUAUGAAAUCAAAUUUAAUUCAAGAUUUAGCUUGAGGAGCUGGAGAGGGUCUAACACAGCUCUGCCACCCUCAGUCUUCUCCUAGGAGUAAGAAGGGGUAUAUUCCCUAAGGAACUGAAAUGGAAUCACAUCCGUUUGUGCCCACACUGAUUCUAGCAUGCAUGGAGUGUCAGUGACCUGCUAGAGGAUUUGGGGGAUUUUCUAUCUUUUCUCCCAACCACUUGUCAGAGUUAAAUCCUCAUUUUUCUCAUGAGGAUGGUUUAAAAGAAACCUCCUUUUCUCAAAGACACUGAAAACUUCUUUCACUGUCUGUAACUUAAGUCACCCUUUUCAUAGAAGCUUUCUCUCUGCCCUUUACUCUUCACUGGCCCUUUAUGGAAAAAGGCACAUUGAUCCUCUGUGUAGAUACUUUCCAGCUGGGCCUUGUUUCCUCCUGUCACUCUCCAGCUGCUGCACUCCUGCCUCACUUUUCCCCACUUUCUCCAAGGGUUUUACUCUUCUGGCUCUUUGGGGUAGAGGUGGGUGGUUGCAGGAAAGAAAAUUGAGCUGAAAGAGGUCCCCUUCAGCAGAUGGUGCUGCUGCUUUCUUUCCCAGCAAACAAGGUAUGUUUUUUGUCCUACAUUAUUUUCAGGGGUAAGUCUGUAAGGAAGAACUGUGAGGGUAUAUUUCUCCCUAUGCUUGUAUUUAAUGUUUAAACAUGUUCCUAAGCCUAAGCUUGAGUGAAACUGCAUUUGUGGAAUUUGCUACUGAGGGCUUCCCAGGACCCUUCUGCAGGUGUACUCCUCCCUGUUCCACUCAUGCUGCUUCUCAGGCACCGUUGGAAGUGAGCAGUGAUGGGUGUACAGCACAGCCUCUUAUUUUCCUUCCUUCCUUCCACUUGAUAUGAAGAUAAUGGGAAUAAAAGGCUCCUGGCUAUGGCUUGGUGUCUUUUCUGGCUGUGCUGGACCACAGCCCAUCACCCUGGGGAGGCUGCUUUGCUUCCGUGCUACUCCAGCCUUGGGUUUCUGUGGGGUGCUGGCUCACAUGUGUGGCUCUGGGCAGGGCUGGUCCUGCAGGUUUGCUUGGGGUGGGUUUGGCAACACGAGGGAGAGAAAUACACAGCUUCCUAGGAGAACUGCUGGAUUGGGAAUGUGACUGCCCCAGGGUAAGGGGCUUGGGCAGUGCUCUGGGGUGAUACUGAAUAUUUCUGCACCAUCCCCUUGAUGCUGUGGAAGGACAUGGGAACACGCAGGUGGCCUGAGGUGUUUAUUUGCACUGCUCAUCUCUGCAGCCAUCAGAGGGAUGGGCAGCAGCUUCGAUGUGUUUUGUAUCUGUUGUUGCUUGGUGAAGUGUUGUGUAUUAGAGAGGAAAAAAGGAGUGGAAACUGCUGUGUCUUGCCUGCCCAUCUUUGCGGGGAGAGAGGGCCAUGGCCCCACACUUCUCAGCUGCUGUGGGCUGAGAGGUGAAGUUCACAGGGGCUCUGCUCUGGUUUGCAAGUUCCUGGCCCAAAAUCUCCUGUCCUCAGGCAAGUUUUAUAAGACUGGACCCCCUGAAAGGGUUAUGGUGUCCCUGGCAACCCAGUUCACAGAUACCCAGCAGAGCCCUGCCAGGCCUUGCUGCCACCUCAUCUCCUCUUAGCUCUUUCCCCAGUCAUCCCCAACCCGAUCCUAACAGCUGAAUGUACAUGGUUGCCAUGGGAACAGGAACUGGCUGCUUAUCCUGAUUUUUGUGGCUACCUCCAGGAGAGUUGUUGGCUGUUUUUUUAACAGCAGACAGGAGGUGGCCCAGGUUGUGAAAGGUGGUUGACUCAAGGUACUUUGAACUGGCCCACGGGAUGUUCAGCUCCAAACAUCCUGUCUGAGCGACACCUCCCUGUGGUGGCUUCUCUCUUUAUCUGCCUCUUCUGAGUAAUAACCUCCUUGCUGACACAUCUGGAGAGGGAGAAGGACAGGCAGGAGUCACAGGUCCAGGGAAUGAGCCCGAUGCCACCAAGUUUCCUGGGCAGCGCCCUCCGGGGCACUUUCCUCUUCGCCUGUGGCCUGUGGUGGUCGGUGCGGUACCCCCUGAGGUACCUCAGGAGGAAAGGGGACGCUGAGGGCCAGCAGGGCCGCGGACACACAGAGGUCUUUGAGGGCACGGUCAAAGCUCUCCUUUCUCUAGUAGGGAUACUGGUGGAGCAGUUUGUCCCCACUGGUCCCCACCUGCAGCUGUACAGCCCCAAGACGCAGAGCUGGACUGACCUCACCCACUGGCACUACUCCACCAUCUACCUCUUCUUCCUCCUCUCCGGUGUCACAGACGUGCUCACGCACUCCUCGCUCAAGCUGCCUCCUGGCUUGGACCGGCUCUCGCUGUCCCUGGCUCUGCUUGUGGAAGGUUUGCUCUUCUGUUUCCGUGACUACAGCAAUGCUGUGCUGGACCAGCACCUCCACUCCCUGCUGGCCAUUGCCAUCUUUGCCGGAGCCCUCUGUGCCCUCCUAGAGGUGUUCCUCCGAGACCAUAUCAUCCUGGAGACCUUCAGGACCAGCUCCUUUCUUCUCCAGGGCUCUUGGCUUUGGCAGAUUGGGUUUGUGCUGUCCCCUCCAUGGGGAGGACCAGGCUGGGAUCAGAGCAACUCCAGCAACCUCUUGUUCCUCACCAUGUGCUUCUGCUGGCACUACAUGGGUGCUCUCGCCGUUGUGGCCACCAAUGCUGCCAUAUCCCGCUGGUAUGAGGGGGUCCUGGCACAGUGCAUGGGCUGGGGUGGCCAAGAGCAAUACUCAGAGCCAAUAGUAGGCUGGGAAAUCCAUGCUCCAGUGUGUCCUGGGAUAAGGAGUGUGGUGUCCAUGUGUGCACGGCUUGGCUGGAAAGGGCGGGCUCCAGGCCACCAUGGAGCAGCCUUCCCAAGCAGGGUGGGGUGAGCCGGUGGCUCUCACUACCCACAAGUCCCUGACCAUUGUCACUGUCUCUCCUGCAGCUGCAAUGAGUCCUGCCAGCUGAAAUUUGGGGACAUUGACGUGGAGUUGGACUGUGGCUUGUGCCUGCACAGAGGGAAGAAGAGCUCCAGUGGUGCCUUGCUGCCGGAGAGCAGCUCGGAUGACAAAUGAGGCUCUGGU